AUGUACUCCUCAGCCAGCCUAUCGCUUUCUACCGGAAGAAUCCCGGAUGACUGUACUGUGGAUACCUCCAGUAGUCAAGGAGCCCGAGUGUCUAAAGCAUCUUCUCGCACGAAAUUAGCUCGGGAGAGGUAUCAUCGCAGAGACAGCUCAAGAAAUUUAAGAGACCGGGAUCGAGGGCGAUCUACAUCCGCCUCGAACCAGCCUGCCAGCUUUGAAGAUACCAGUGCUGGGGUCCUGUCGAAAAACUUGCCCACGGAACAAUCGGAGUUGACCCCAGAUUCUGAUUAUCAAACAUUAGAUGAGAAUGUGCGAGCGGGACUGCGGGGAUCUCAUUCAAAUCCUGCAGUUCCUCAAACCACGGCUGCUAAGAAAGUAGUUGGCGGCAACGGCGGUCAUGCUGGAUAUGAAGAUGAGGAAAGGGUUGUGGAUAGGGACAAUGGUAUAAUGGAUCUCGAUAUGCCUCCUGCUCCUGAACACAUUUCAGGCAAUGAAUCCAAUCAUGAGCCCCCCCUUGACCAGUAUCCAUCCGUUUCCUCAAAGGGGCCGUCGUCCGAGUCACAGGACUCGGAAAUCCCACCGAUGUUUAAGCAGUUUGAUACCAACGCGAUCACAGAAGAUCAAUUGAUCAAUGAGGUGCGCAUGAUAUAUGCCGGCCUUGUCAUGGUGGAAAAGAAAUGCAUCGAGGUCGACAAGCAACAAACAGAGUCCAAAGACGAGUUAUCAGGCACUCAAUGGCAAGCACUGAUAUCUCUGCAUCGAACAUUACUUUAUGAACACCACGACUUUUUUCUUGCAUCUCAACAUCCCUCUGCAAGUUCCGUGUUGAGACUUCUUGCCGAGAAAUAUGCUAUGCCAGCGCGAAUGUGGAGAUAUGGAAUUCAUUCGUUCUUAGAGCUGCUUCGACAAAAGCUACCGGGCUCGUUGGAUUAUAUGCUGAACUUUAUCUACCUCGCGUAUUCCAUGAUGACGUUACUACUUGAAAGCGUCCCGGCAUUUCACGAGACCUGGAUCGAGUGUCUUGGAGAUUUAGCACGAUAUCGCAUGGCUGUGGAAGAGUCUGAUAUGAGAGACCGGGAAGUUUGGGCUGGAGUCUCGCGAUAUUGGUAUAAUCAAGACGCUGAUCACAGCCCCGAAGUGGGCCGUAUUCAACAUCACCUUGCAGUGUUAGCGCGUCCAGACGUGCUUCAGCAGCUUUUCCACUACACCAAGGCGCUAGUGAGUGUACGCCCUUUUCAUAAUGCGCGUGAGAGUGUGGACCUCCUCUUCAGUCCGUAUAAUGGACAACAGCAAGCGUUGAAUCAACAUACAAUGGUUACUGCCUUCAUUGCUACUCAUAGCGCUCUGUUCAACGAAUGGCCAGCUGACCAGUUUAUCACCCUGGCAAACCACUUCUUGAUACUCCUGCGAGAAGAAGCCCGCAAUCUGGGUCGUCAGGGUCAAACAGGAGUUUAUAUCAUGUCGUGUAAUUUCGCGUCUAUACUUCAAUAUGGCGACUCUGAGGCUUUCAUGACGCUGAAACUUUCCCAGAAAAAAUAUGAAUCAGCGGCGGAAGCCUACGAAUCUGCACUUAACUGGACUCCAGGCUUAGACAUGGACUUGGAGGCUAAGAGCAAGGAGGGCGGGGAGCCAACAGAUGCUAGUGGCCAUCUUCCUCUAAUGGCCUCACAAGGCACUUCUCUUGCCUUCCACACACUCUCGGUUCUGCUCGAUCAUCUAGACAAACCUACUAUAUACCCAAGUGCACAUAUCUCCCUCUCAUUCAUCUGGAGUCUGGCUCUACACCCGCUCGCCAUGCAAGAAGUCGACAAAUUUAUUCCUUGGGUCAACAUCACGAGGUUCCUCAACAGCCUGAUUGAUUCCGGCAUUGAUUUCAACAAAAUUGAAGACAACGCAUUCCCACUGGACGAAAACGAAACCCUACGACAACUACCGGAGGACUUUCUCAUUCGCGGUCAAUCCUGGAGCACACUCUACUUCCCUGAAACAUUUUUCGAAGGAGCCCCCUCGGAGGACGACAGGCCUAUCGUUGAACCAGAUUCCACCGCCAUCCCUCGCAAGCACAGAUGCCUCUGGUUGGGCGUGCGACUAGCAACGGUUUGUAGCAAUUUUUCUUUGGUUCUAGCGUGGCAGAAAAGUGUCAUAGUGACGAGAAACGAGGCUAAUCGAUUUGACAUGCAGUUUGGCCGUUGGAUGAUAUACAACAAUCGCAGGUUCGAGAGCACUCAGCGGGCACUUAUGAAUGCGGCGACUGCGGAGACCUGUGGAGGCCUGAAUAGCAAUACACCUGGACCUGGACCGUCUUUUGGAUAA